AUGUUGUCUCAGUCGCUUGCAGCCAAUCUACCGGCUGAGCUCAUUCUCGAUAUAUUCAUGAAUCUACAAUCGAACAAAGAUCUUUAUUCGACCUUGCUCACAUGUCAGAGCUGGUGUGCGUGCAGCGUAGAGCUUCUAUGGUACAAACCUUUCCUGUAUCACACCCCAGCGCUCAUCAAGUUGCUCAAAACUUUGCGCAAGAACGCGGCGACGUUCGACUAUCCUCAGUUCCUGCGUCGCCUGAAUCUCAGUUUCCUGCAGGACCAUGUUGCAGAUGCCAUCAUGCUCAACUUAUCUUCGUGUCGCAAGUUGGAACGUCUGACACUGACUGGCUGCUCAAGGGUGUCUGACCGCGGCCUUUGCGAUGUGAUUUCACGCAAUCCAGGUCUGAUUGCUUUGGAUGUUCAUGGUCUCUUGGAUAUAACCGACUUGUCUAUCCUUUGUCUUGCACGUCGAGCAUCCAAUUUGCAAGGCUUGAAUCUCACCGGCUGUGUCAAGAUCAGAGACGACGCGAUUGUAACGAUUGCGCGCAGCUGUCCGAAUUUACGAAGGAUCAAACUGAAUGGUUGCGUUUUGAUCACAAGCAAAUCCGUCCACGAACUUGGCCAACAUUGUCCGUUCCUCUUGGAGCUUGAUGUAGAUCAUUGUCACCUCAUCAACUCCGUGGCUAUCAACGCGCUGAUCAAAACUUGCACAGAUCUCAGGGAACUGCGUAUCAGUAUGUGUACGAUGAUUGGCGAUGAGUGCUUUGCCGAUCUAGAACGAGACAAAUACCAGAACCUUCGCGUACUUGACGUGGCGGGAUGUGCUCGAAUCACGGACGAAACCGUCUACCAUAUCGUCACUGCGGCGCCUAAAUUGCGCUCACUGGUACUAGCAAAAUGUCCCAAUGUCACGGAUCGUGGGGCAGUACAAAUUGCACGUCUUGGCAAGCAUAUCCAUUUUCUUCACCUUGGCCACUGCAGCAAUCUCACUGAUCGCACAUUACAGUUUCUGGUUAAGUAUUGCAGCCGAUUGCGGUACAUUGACCUCGCUUGUUGCGUUCAGCUUACUGACCACGCUGUGCUCGAGCUCAGUACGCUACCUCGAUUGAAGCGGAUUGGUCUCGUCAAGUGUUCUGCAAUCACGGCGGAAGCCAUUUUUGCGCUUGUGGGCCGCGGUCUCGUGCCGCAAACACUUGAACGGAUUCAUUUAUCUUACUGCAUCGAUUUGACUUUACCAUGCAUACAUGCCUUGCUCAACGCCUGCCAAAAUUUGACGCACUUGUCGCUCACUGGCGUCCCAGCAUUCUUACGACACGAUCUUCGAAAAUUCUGUAGGGCUUCUCCGAAGGACUUUCAGCCUAAUCAAGCUGCUGUAUUUUGUGUUUUUUCGGGAUCAGGGGUAACAAGGCUUCGCGACUAUUUGAACAGUCUUCAUGAUGUGGGCAUGCUGAGUUUCACACCAGUCGCCUUGGAAGCCCACCCAACAAUCGAGCAAAUGCUUCUAGACAUGCCCAUUGUCGACGAUGAAUCAAAUACGGAAGGGCCUCAGGAAGACUUCAUCUGA